CUCACACCCUUGCUAUGGCUGAAUGAUUAUUGAUUUUGUUUUAUGUCUCAUCGUAGAUAUAUAGUUCGAAGGUAGAACAAAGAACCGUCGCCAAAAUGAAUAGCGAACAUCAAUAUAUGCCGAGAUUCAACGCCUUCGGGGCACUAGCGACUGUCAACUCUUUCCUUCCAUCGGGCCUGGGACUCAAUGGGACGAUCGCUGAGAACGCUAGUGGAUUCUCUUUCGCUUCUGGGGGGACAGCAACGUCAUCAACGUCCAAAGGAGGCCCGGGACUGAGUCAUGCCAAGAACAUUCUUGGUUUUCCGCCGGUGGGUAUUGUGGGGAUGGGGAACAAUGCUGCACCUGGACCUGGAGGCUCUUCAUUAGAACGUGAGUGCGCGC